AUUUUAGUAUGAGUAACGAUUAAAGACAAAAAACAUGUGGUUGAAGGCUCUAAUUAUAAUUCCGCUGAUAUUUUGCCAAUACGCGGCGGCCACUUGCGGUGUGUGCCAGACGCUCAGCAAAACGGCAUGUCGUAGCGAAAACAGCUUUUCCGCAUGCUCGUCAGGAGUACCUCUUAACGAUAUACUCAACUGCCCGACAAAUUAUUUUUGCACCGAUGGCGAGUACACUUGCUAUGAAAAUGCUGAGCCGGUAUGCAAAGCAGAUAAAGCACCUACCACAACCACCACAAUGAUGCCUUGGACUGCAGACUGCGAGCAAGCCACCAAAUCUGGCUUUCAAAAAAACGAAAAUGAUCCCACGUGCACUUCUUUCUUGCAUUGUAAAGUCGCCGAGGACGGCACAUUAGAAAGCGCUUCAAUUUUGAAAUGCAAACCUAACCAAUACUUUGAUGUGUCCUUAAAUACAUGUACGGCCACAAAACCAGAUGGGUGUACGGCAGUGUCUACCGAACCAACUACGACAACUCAAAAACCUUGGAGCGCAGAGGAAACCUGUCUGGAUGUGACCAAGUCUGCAUCAUUUAAGAAUGAAGAUGAUCCCACAUGCGCCACCUACCUCUAUUGUUAUGUGUCAAAUGGAGUAGCAACGGCGCUAAUCUAUACUUGUAAAGAAACAAAGCCAUACUUUGAUUCAACUUUAAAGGGCUGCAGUGCUAAGAAACCAGCCGAUUGUGCAUAAAAUUUAUAUUUAAUAUUUUUAAUUAUAUUUUGAGUUUGGGUAUUAAUU